AUGCCGUCAUUAUAUAAAACAAAUCAUAUAUUUUCAAGGAUUAGUUAUAUUCGUCUAUGUUAUUCUUUGAAUCAUCGAUUGCAAAAAUCAAUAGUACCGUUAUUCCCAAGAUAUUACUCUUCUAAUCAAUCUACUCCACCUGCUUCAAAGCCUCCUUCCACUCCUUCUUCUACUCCCCCUUCUACUCCCUCCUCACCCCCUUCUUUAUCUCAAAAGAUUAAAAAUGAAAUAAAUCAUUAUGUCCAUGGCAGUAAAUUAUUAGCAUAUGAAGUUAAAAUCUCUACAAAAUUAUUGUCGAAACAAGUGGCUGGUUAUGAUUUAACUCGUAGAGAAAGAAUCCAAUUGAAAAGAACUACUUCGGAUAUAUUAAGAUUAGUCCCCUUCUCUGCCUUUGUUAUUAUACCUUUUGCUGAAUUAUUAUUGCCAAUUGCUCUUAAACUUUUCCCCAAUCUUUUACCUUCCACUUAUGAAUCUAAAAAAUCAAAAAAUUUGAAAAGAGAUUCUUUAAUCACAACAAGGAAAAAGACUUCUCAAUUCUUACAUAAUACUUUAGAAGAAUCAAAAGUAUUCAUAAAAUUCGAUUCUAUUAAAUCAAAAGAAAAUAAGUUGAAAUUUUACAAAUUUUUUAAAAAAAUUAAUGACCCUUCAAUCGAAAAAAAUUUAGAUUCUUUUACAAUGGAGGAAAUUUCAGAAAUAGCAAGAUUCUUUAAAAAUGAUACAGUGCUGGAUAAUUUAUCACGCCCUCAAUUGGUAGCAAUGGCUAAAUUCAUGUCAAUAAUUCCAUUUGGUAAUGAUAAUAUGUUACGUUCCCAAAUCCGUAGAGAAUUGAAAAGAACGAUGAAUGAUGAUAAAAUCAUAUCAUACGAAGGUGUAAAUUCAUUAUCAAAGGAUGAAUUAAAUCAUGCGUGUGUUUCUCGUGGUAUUAAAGCUUAUGGUGUCCCAGAUGAUGUACUUUCAGAAAAAUUAAGAGCUUGGCUUUUUUUAAGGUUACAUGAAAAAAUCCCUUCAGUUUUAAUGGUUUUAAGUGCAACUUUCACUUUCAACGCAGAACUAUUAGAAUUAAAGGCUAAAGUCAUGAAAUCUGAUGAAUUAUUAUCAAAGUCAUUAUUAAACCUAUACUAUGAGGCAAUCUUAAAAGUUUUAAGUUCAAUACCUGAUCCAGUUUAUAACAUUACAAAAUUAGAUGUUUCCGAAACUCCAAUUGAUACAGUAAAUGAUACAAAUGAAACAAUACAUAAUCCAACAGAAAUUGUCGAAAAUAACACUGCUAAUAAAUUAUUUGAAGAUCAAGCAAUUUAUGAUUUAAAAAGUACAGAAGUAAAUGAGCUUGAAGAAAUACCAGAAUCUAAAUUGGAUGAUAAUGAAUUUAAAUUGAAUGUCUUGAAGGAACAGGAAGAAAUGAUAAAGAAAGAACAAAUGGAUAAAAGACAAACUGCUUCAAAACAAGAUGAUCUUAUAACUUUGGAUGAAGAUACAACUCCAUCUUCAUUGGAUGGAAGUGCAUCUACAUUAGAUGAAAAAAAGAAAUUGGAAUGA